CCAAUACGCAGAGCCCUAGGACCUGCCCACGUCUGGUUCGGGGGUUAGAAAAGAGCGUCGAUGCCGGCGGCAGUGAUGAGUCCUAGGAGGCGCUGGCUCUUCGGCGGCUCGGAGGAGCGGCUGCUGCUGAUGCUGCUACUGGUGGCCCCUUUGCAGAAAAGUUCUAAGAACAGUGCUGUUGGCUCAAUGAGAUGAGGUUAUAGGAAAACUUUUACUGUUUACACAAGAGUUGCCUCCUUCAGAGAAGCAUGCAUGUUCCUUGCAGUUCACGGUGCCCAUCACUCCCCAUAGUCCAGCUGCACUCUGCUUCACACAGCUGCCUGGCCAUUGUAGGAAUUUGAGUUUGCAAUCCAUGCCUCAAACUUUAAAUCACACUGGCUACAGCGUUGUGUAUUUCUUGGUAAACACUGGGUAAAUCAGCUCCAGUGGAUGUUGAUAGAAGUUUUUAUGUUUGCAAGCUAAUCCUCAGCAGUUUCUUUAUGUAUUGCUGUCCUUGAAUAUUAGCCCAUUUGAAAACGCCUGGGAAGUUCAGCCAUCAGUAUGUCCAAGUACAAACUUAUUAUGUUAAGACAUGGAGAGGGUGCUUGGAAUAAGGAGAACCGUUUUUGUAGCUGGGUGGAUCAGAAACUCAACAGUGAAGGCAUGGAGGAAGCUCGGAACUGUGGGAAGCAACUCAAAGCGUUAAACUUUGAGUUUGAUCUUGUAUUCACAUCUGUCCUUAAUCGGUCCAUUCACACAGCCUGGCUGAUCCUAGAAGAGCUAGGGCAGGAAUGGGUGCCCGUGGAAAGCUCCUGGCGUCUAAAUGAGCGUCACUAUGGGGCCUUGAUCGGUCUCAACAGGGAGCAAAUGGCUUUGAAUCAUGGUGAAGAACAAGUGAGGCUCUGGAGAAGAAGCUACAAUAUAACCCCGCCUCCCAUUGAGGAGUCUCAUCCUUACUACCACGAAAUCUACAACGACCGGAGGUAUAAAGUAUGUGAUGUGCCCUUGGAUCAACUGCCACGGUCUGAAAGCUUGAAGGAUGUUCUGGAAAGACUCCUUCCCUAUUGGAAUGAAAGGAUUGCUCCUGAAGUCUUACGUGGCAAAACCAUUCUGAUAUCUGCUCAUGGAAAUAGCAGUAGGGCACUCCUAAAACACCUGGAAGGUAUCUCAGAUGAAGACAUCAUCAACAUUACUCUUCCUACUGGAGUCCCCAUUCUUCUGGAACUGGAUGAAAACCUGCGUGCUGUUGGGCCUCAUCAGUUCCUGGGUGACCAAGAGGCGAUCCAAGCAGCCAUUAAGAAAGUAGAAGAUCAAGGAAAAGUGAAACAAGCUAAAAAAUAGUCUCUCCCAACUGUUGGCUAAGAAGAAAUGCAAAAGAAGUGGCAUAGGAGUGUGUUAUGGGUGCUGAACUCUCUCUCUUUUUCCCCGAUUUUCCAGAGCUAGGCUGUGGAGUAGAGUUUGUAUAGGUAACUAGGUAACUUAUUGUGACCCAGAUAAGGCUUUAGGAUGCCUCAGUGCUUAUGUCACAGCCUUAUGAGUUAGCUUUCCUGCUAGCCCCCUAGUCAGUCACUAAACUAGUAACUCGUGGGGUUUAAUGAAGGUCAUCAGUUUCUGAGAUGGGAGAGCAACAAGUAGAGAUGAAGUUAAAGGUAUUUAUCAUCCAGGAAAUCAUUUCUGAGUCACCAUUGACAGGCACUAUUCCAAUCAGUAGUUCACUUUUAUAUUUAGUAAGAUUUUCUGGGGUGACAAUAAGAGAUAUUAGAUAAUAUACCGUAUGUAUUUAUUACUAGUCUUUUCCUCUAGGAAAAGGGAUGCUUUGAUAAUUAAGGCCAGAGGCCCAUUAAAUGAGAAAGUCACAGAUAUAUUUCUCCAAGAAAGCCAACAACCGCCACCACAAUGACAGAAAUGACAACAAGGCCCUUUAACUUGUCUUCUAGUUUAGUGACAUCCUUCAUUUGACAUUUAGUAGAAUUCCUCUUUGGCCACAAGAAUAAGCAGCAGAUAGACAACUAUGGCUGUUGAGGUUCUCAUUUUGGUUUGUUUUAAUUUUUCGAACUUCAAUGUUUGGGUACCUGUAAUUAGUUUAAAAAUAAAGUUCCUGACAAUAAAGUGACUGAAAAUGGCAUCCCCAAA